GUAACCUCAGUUUCGCAUAGUCCGUCGUCGCGUUCGUGUCUCUUCCUCUCUUUUCUUCUAUCAUCACAGCUAUCAUGUGCUAGAGAGAGAUUUGUUUUUCCUUUUCUUUUCUCUUGGGAAUCUAUCCCCUCGUAAUUAGAACUUUUGUGUGAAUUCGUUUUUUAAGUUGUGAAAAGAGUAAUUCUGGCGUCUCUUUAAUGUGAAUAUCUAGGAUGGCCUUUAAUGCCCAAUUGAAUGAAUUAUCACGAAGUAAAGGUGUACGUGCUUAAUUCAAUUUAUAUAUUCGAUCCAAACUUCAUUAAUGAGACUAUCGAAAGUAAUCUGAUUGUGAAUGCUAGUGCAUCUUGUGAAUCUAGUGGAAAGAGACAAUUUCGUAUAGAAUAAAGUGCAUAGUAAAUUUAAUAUCUACGGAAACGUUGAAAGAGGUAACUUCGACAUCAAGGAAAUCGAGGAAAGAUUCUGUUUACGGAUGAUCGCCGAAGAACGUGGAAAAACUUUUUUACGUUCCAAAAAUAUUACAAAAUUGACAUGUUGUCUGACGACAUCGAAGAAAGACACACGAGGGAUUCCACCAAUAUAUAUACUUCAUUCGAGAAGAAGACGUAAGCGUCGAGAUAAACGUUGGUUGGCUCACUUACUUUUUCGAUCUGUAAGGUUGCCCUUCGGCAAUGUUCCGGGUUAUGUGUAAUAUCUCGAAAUUUGCAAAGAAUAAUUUAUUCUAACGACUACUUAUCUACUUGUUAAGAAGGAUACUUAUUUAAAAAAAGAAAUAAUAAAAAAAGGAAAGGAAAAAAAAAAGAAGAAAAAAAGUAAGGAAAACAGAAUUAAUAUCCUAAGAAAAAUGAAUCGUUUACAAGUGUUCGUUCUCGUGUGUUUCCUAUUUUCUGUGCCAUUUUUGACGGACACCACGGAUGAAUCGGAAUACAUUUCGAUAACGGAAAGUUUAAAUUUUGUGAGUGUGAACAAUUGCACAAAUAUCGCUUGCAUACCAGACGAAGAGUACCUUGAGAUUAUGUACGAAGAUAUAUUUCCGAACUUCACCGAUUGGGUCAUGAUAACUCUGCAUAGCAUCAUUUUCAUCACUGGCCUAGUUGGUAAUUCUCUGGUCUGUUUGGCGGUUUGUCGGAAUCACUCAAUGAAGACAGUUACUAAUUAUUUCAUCGUCAAUCUCGCUGUGGCCGAUCUUCUGGUUAUUCUAAUAUGCUUGCCGUCUAGCGUACUUUGGGAUGUAACGGAGACAUGGUUCCUUGGUUGGGGACUUUGCAAAGCUAUACCGUAUCUUCAGACCGUCUCAGUGAGCGUCAGCGUUUUAACAUUGACAUGCAUAUCGAUAGACCGAUGGUAUGCCAUUUGUUAUCCCUUAAGAUUCAGAUCGACUACUAGAUGGGCAAAAACAGCAAUUGCUGUUAUCUGGACGGUAUCUUUUCUUUUUGAUAUUCCAGAUAUAUUAGUUCUCCACACGGUACCAUCCGAAAGUAGAGUAAAAACGAUACUCUACACUCAAUGCAAAUCUUCUUUAAGUCAUGAAAAACAAACUAUAUUUUGGGCCAUAAAGUUAACCUUUUUAUAUGUCGUUCCAUUAAUUUUCAUGACUUUAACUUAUUGGCAAAUAGUACAUGUUCUUUGGCGUAGCGAUAUUCCUGGACAUAACCUUACUAGCAGAGCUUGUCAAAUAGGUGAGAUACGUUCCACCGGUGCUGGAAAUCCUGAGGGUCAAUUGAGAUCUCGACGAAAAGCAGCAAAGAUGUUGAUAGCCAUAGUUGUCACAUUCGCCAUUUGUUAUUUUCCAGUGCAUCUUCUCUCGAUCUUAAAAUACAUCAUCCUUUUACCGUCCGGUGAAUGGUCGAUUAAAGUGAGCUUGUUCGCUCAUUGGCUUUGUUACGUCAACAGCGCAGUGAAUCCCUUGAUAUACAAUUUUAUGAGCGGUAAGUUCCGGCACGAAUUUCGGCGUACUUUUCGAGAUUGUACACCUACGAGCAAUGUGAAUGGUCGCCAUGCGACCCAUCGGCUCAGCAACUACGCUUACAGAAUGGGUAAAUUUCGGAGACAAUUCAAACGCGCCUUUCCUUGCUUCAAGAAACAUAAAAAUCGAGCAAGAACGACUCGCAUCGCUAAUAUCACGAGUUAUUUCGCAGCGAGAUCUCGUGCAACGAUAAAGUCAAUACAGACCACGACUAAUAGUAAUAAUAAUGUUCAACGAAAUACCGAGAUCAUACCACUGAGCGGAUUCGCAAUAACUGAGCCACGUCCAAAUGGUAAAUCAGAAUAAAUUCAAAUAAGUGAUUAUUAUGGUUGAAGCAGGAAACGAAUGAACGCUACACUUUAAGAUGUAAUUUUUGAAACAUUAUUUAACUCAAUACUCAUUGACAUGAUAAAUGUAUAUACGGGAUGUUCCUUAAUUCACUAUAUAUUAUCAUGAAUUAUGAUAUAUCCUGUAUAAAUAAUUUUCUUUUUCAAUUCAUAUGUGAUAUCGGAUAAUAUCAAAUACGACGAGGUUUAAACGCUUUAUUUUUAUUUGCAUUUUGUAUAUUGCCCAUCUUAAUAUCAUUAUAUGCACACACGCACGAUAAUUAUUAUCAUUAUCAUCGUUAUUGUUGUCGUCUUCAACGCAAUCAUCGUCAUCGCCAUUGUCAUCAUCAUCAACAUUGACAUAAUACAUUGACACUUCAUGCGAAACAUGUAUUAAAUCCGUCGAUAUUAAUUGAAUAUGAAAAUUUAGAAGUUAUAUACACGUAUACAUAUGUAUUUAGCAACGAAAGUUGAGAAGCUUUAACGUAAUUGAUAAUAAAAGGAUAAAUCAUCAAAA